CUCGAGCGCCCACCUCGAACGGGAUCCGCCCGCGUCGCUUUUCAAGAUGGUAAGUUCUCGAUCGAUGAAUUACUUCCUGACUCGCUUUCGUGCGAGACAGACCCAUCCGGCUGCAUAGCCUUCCCCGCCGAAACAAACAAGCUCUUCAUUGCCCACCCAACCCACCUUUACCUUGCUCCAAUUCCCGUCACAAGUUGGGCUCUUGCUGCCUUGGAAGAAAUAGCCACUACAAUGCCCCCAUUUCUGCCCCCUCCCCCUUCACAGCUAUACGAUGGAACUAACCCCACCCCCGUUCUGCAAUAUAUAGGCGCGUAACAGCGAAAAAGCUCAGUCGAUGCUCUUCCGGUUCCGGGCCCAACAGGCCGCGGACCUCGGAAUCAUCGACAUCGGCCGCACCCGGCGGCCCAAGGCCAUCACCUCGGUCGACUCGAUCCCCAUGUGCGAGAAAUGGCGCGGCCAGGUGCUGAAGGAGAUCUCGCGGAAGGUGUCGCGCAUCCAGGAGCCCAGCCUGAGCGACUACCAGAUCCGCGACCUGAACGACGAGAUCAACAAGCUGAUGCGGGAGAAGUGGACGUGGGAGUUGCAGAUCCGCAACCUGGGCGGGCCCAACUACAUGCGGGGGUCCGGCCGCGUGUUCGACGACGACGGCCGCGAGAUCCCCGGCGGCGGCAAAGGGUAUCGGUACUUCGGGCGGGCGAGGGAGCUGCCCGGCGUGAAGGAGAUGUUCGAGGCGGCGGCCCGGCGCGGUCGGCCUGCCGAGGAGGAUGAUGCGGAGACUGCUGGUGGUGGUGGUGGGGUUAAGGGGAGGGGCGGCGAUAUUGCGACGAAGAAGGUCGAUGCCAAUUAUUUCGGGUAUGGGUUGGAUGAGGAGGAUGGCUCGCUGCUGGCGUAUGAGAAGCAGAAGGAGAAGGAGGCCGUGGAGCGUCUGCGCAAGAAGGGUGAUGAUGGGGACGAUGGGUGGGAGCCGUUGCCGGGCGAUGCUGGGGACGGGGUCGAGUGGAGGCUGCCCAGUCUGGAGGAGGUGCAGGAGGAGCUGGUCGACCGACGGAGGAGACGACUGCUGGAUAAGAUCUCCUGAGGGGAUGGGGUGGGGAUAUUUGAUAUCUGUGUGCUCUGGAGUUUGUGGCUUAUAUUCCUGCUCAUUUGUGAUGUCAUCUUGGGGUCUUCUCGGGGUGUUUCUCUUCUACUGUCAUAUUUGUUCCUAUGGCGUUCUGGUCCCUUUUUCCACCCAUAUGUUGUGUUCUCUCGCUGCUUCUCACAUAUUUUUGCUUGACAUUUGUUAUUUUCAUACGCGGUGCUGCCCCACCCGCUGGCAGGUUUACGAUGCAUCCUAAGGGAGGCAAAAGCAUAUUGAUGAUACCAACAUGAUUCGUUCUUUUGUACAACAGGUGGUUGGUUGCGAGCUAUAUUAGCCUAUGUGCG